CUCUCGCAGUUCCUUCCCAGGAUCUCCUCCCUGCGGCACGGCGGCGGCUCUUUCGGCUGAGGCUCGGGUUUCCCCUGACCGCGUGGAAGCGGCUCCUAGGGCACCAGGCCACUCGGGUCAUUCGGAUCCUCAGGGCUGUCGGAUCCGGGACCAGGAAGGAAUUCUACGAGACGCACGCUUGUCCUCCGCUCUCUAAGAUUUUUAACGAAGAAAAGUUUCUCCAGGGAUCCCCGUCUCUACUUUCUGAGUCCUCAGCAGCCCCGGGGACCGUGGGUAGAAGGCGAGAGAUGUGCUAUGUGAACUAGAAUUUAGGGGCUGCCAGGCUCCGCCUGCUUUCCCCCCGUCUCUCUGCUGGUUUCGGAGGAGGGGCUCCUAUUCAUUUCGUUUUUAUUUUAGUCACUCUGCCGCAGACCUUCCUUGGAGGCUGCUUCUCAGAAGCCUGGACCCGGAGGGGCCCCCUGUCGCUGGCAGAGGGCGGAGGAGUUAAAGGCAUUAACCCCUCCCAGUCCCUUCCUAGAGGAGCCACCCAGCCUCGGCGGGGCGCUCAGAGACUCCGCUCUGCAGAGUGGUGCGGGCAGCGGCAGGCAGGGCUGGCCAUUGGCGUGCACCGCUGCGGAGGGAGGGGGCCCCAGGGCAGAGAACUUUGCGAGUGAGCUGGUCGCCGUCAUUCGAGGACAGCAGCAAGAUGCGGACCGCACGGUGUAGACCCAGAGCCCUGCGGACGCGGCUUCGUCCGGCUUGAGAGAGGCUGCUGUUUCGGAGGCCCUCUCCAGCCAAGGAAAAGCUACACAAAAAGCUUUGGAUUGCUCACUGACAGGGCCCUGCUGUAUCUGAAGGACCGCUCAACCUCGCCCUCUAGCGUUCGUCUGGAGAAGCACCACCCCGGGCUCCUGGGGACACACUGCGGCUAUGGUGUCCACCAGCGUCCCGGUGGUUAAGCCCCUCCUCCGUAGCUCUGUCUCCGACUAUGGCAACUAUGAUAUCAUAGUGCGGCAUUAUAACUACACAGGCAAGUUGAACAUCGGGGUGGAGAAGGACCAUGGCAUUAAGCUGACUUCAGUUGUCUUCAUUCUCAUCUGCUGCUUCAUAAUCCUAGAGAAUGUAUUUGUCUUGCUAACUAUUUGGAAAACCAAGAAGUUCCAUCGGCCCAUGUACUAUUUCAUCGGCAACCUGGCCCUCUCGGACCUGUUUGCAGGAGUGGCUUACAUAGUUAACCUGCUGUUGUCUGGGGCCACCACCUACAAGCUCACCCCCGCCCAGUGGUUUGUGCGGGAAGGGAGUAUGUUUGUGGCUCUGUCUGCCUCGGUGUUCAGCCUACUUGCCAUUGCCAUCGAGCGCUACAUCACCAUGCUGAAGAUGAAACUACACAACGGGAGCAACAGCUCACGCUCCUUCCUGCUCAUCAGCGCCUGCUGGGUCAUCUCCCUCAUCCUGGGUGGCCUGCCCAUCAUGGGCUGGAACUGCAUCAGCUCGCUGUCCAGCUGCUCCACCGUGCUCCCGCUCUACCACAAGCACUAUAUUCUCUUCUGCACCACCAUCUUCACUCUGCUCCUGCUGUCCAUCGUCAUCCUCUACUGCAGGAUCUACUCCUUGGUCAGGACUCGAAGCCGCCGCCUGACCUUCCGAAAGAACAUUUCCAAGGCCAGCCGCAGUUCGGAGAAGUCGCUGGCCUUACUGAAGACUGUCAUCAUUGUUCUGAGUGUCUUCAUUGCCUGCUGGGCCCCUCUCUUCAUCCUACUGUUGCUGGAUGUGGGCUGCAAGGCGAAGACCUGCAGCAUCCUGUACAAAGCAGAGUAUUUCCUGGUUCUGGCUGUGCUGAACUCAGGUACCAACCCCAUCAUUUACACUCUGACCAACAAGGAGAUGCGCAGGGCCUUCAUCCGGAUCAUGUCCUGUUGCAAAUGCCCCAACGGAGACUCCACUGGCAAAUUCAAACGGCCCAUCAUCCCAGGCAUGGAAUUUAGCCGCAGCAAAUCAGACAACUCCUCCCACCCUCAGAAGGAUGACGGGGACAACCCAGAGACCAUUAUGUCCUCUGGAAAUGUCAACUCUUCCUCCUAAGACUGGAAGCUGUUGAUACUGGGGAAGCAUUCUGACUUGGUCACUCACUACCCCAGAACUUAAAAAAAUGGCUCUCAUUCCCCCACUGCUGCCUGGAAGGAGCUACUGGGAGCCUGAGAGAGGGAGGGAAGGGAGAAUGUGUGACCGGGUGAUGCCAUGGUGUAGGUAGUAGUUCUUGUGAACAAUGCACUGGGAAGGGUGGAGAUAAGGUCUGGCCUCCAGUGGGUUUCCUGCCCUCCCCCAUACCCUGGAGCUUUGAUUUUGCACUGAGCCAAAGGUCUAGCAUUGUCAAGCUCCUGAAGGGAUCAUCUGACCCCUUCUCAAAGACUAAGGUCCCAUGAGAAAGUGUCCCUGGAGUUUUUGCGAUGUCAUCUUUCACUGUAAAGGCAAAGUGAGUAUGUGUCCUUCAGCUUGGUAGGGUGGCAUGCAUGCCCCGCUCUCCGGCUCCUUCUCACCCCCUCUCUCCUUCCCACCCCUUCUCCAAAUUCUUUUCUUUUAUUUCUUGUCUGUUCUUCAGAAGGAGGCUCUACAGGGCUGUACUUCUUGAUUGUCCGAAACUGGCAGGCUGGUAACUUGUAAGGCUGUUUGCUGAGGCCAAAGUUUCCAUGUAUAAUGGGUCAAGUUGGUGGUGAUUUGGUAGGCCAUCUUUAGUAUGAAAACAUUUUCUUUAUUCAUCACAAAUUCCUUAUUCCCAUUACAAGCACGAUAGACUUGUGUUUGUAAUGGGAAUAAUGAAGACUACUUUAUUUGAAUUGUGUCAGGCAGAAUUGUAGAAAAAAACAGGAGAAAAACAGCAGAAUAAGGUGAACGGUGGUAUUAACUUUUAAAAACCAAGAGUGACUUCUUGAUGUCUUUCCUCUAACAAAUACAAUGUCUUUGGCACUUUUAUUGAUUAUUUUGGAGUGUUGUGUGAAAUCCAUUUCAAACAACUGGGGGAUGGUUUUAUCUUGUUUAAAAUACAAUUUAUGGUUUUUGAAUGUAUUUGCUUCUUUGGGGCCAUCUUAUUGAGUUUUUUCCUAACCUGUGUUAACACCAUUGAAUGUGUAGUCCUUAAGAAAGUGUCACCCUUUUGUACCGGAAAAGCAUUACUUUAACUGACAGGGGACAUCAGGAAUUCUUCAUUUCGGCUGUCAUUAGAUAUGGAUGGAGGGUGUAAAUGUUACAGAGAAUAAAGUAUAUUACUGUCUCUUUAGUAUGGUUUUCAGUGCAAUUAAACAAAGAAAUGUCUUUUUUAAAAAAAUAGUAUUUAAUAGGUUUCUGACUUUUGUGGAUCAUUUUGCACAUAGCUUUAUCAACUUUUAAACAUUAAUAAACUGAUUUUUUUAAAGA